ACUGCGAUGCGCUGUUCCGGACUGCGCUUCCUGCCGCUGGCGGCGCUGCUGGCAUCGGCAGCGGCCGCCUUCUCCUACCGGGGUGUUCUGCAGAGAGAGAGAGAGCUGAACCACCAGCAGGUGAAGACUAGGACUGCUGUUGGUGGCGAAUCACGGAUAUCGUUCACGGAAUACCACCGCUACGACGAGAUCCGGCAGUACCUCUCAGACCUGGCAUCGAACUAUCCCAGCUUGGUGACGGUGCAGUCCAUAGGCCAGACGUACGAGGGCCGGCCCAUCGAUAUGAUACAGGUGUCGUCUGGAACUGGCUCCGCACCGGUGAUCCUGGUGGACGCGGGCAUCCAUGCCCGCGAGUGGAUCGCGCCUGCAGCAGCUCUCUACGUCAUCCAGCAGCUGGUCGACAACGCGACGCAGAGCGCCCUCGCAGACAGCAUCGACUGGCACAUCAUACCGGUGCUCAACCCUGAUGGAUACGAGUACACCUUCACAACGGAGCGACUGUGGAGAAAGACGCGAUCUCCAACAUCUGCUGAAUGCGUAGGAGUGGAUGCGAACAGGAACUUUGACUUCCAUUGGAUGGAGGUAGGUGCUAGUGACUCCCCGUGUGCGACUACUUACGCAGGCGCUGAAGUUUUUUCCGAGCCCGAAACGAGGGCUCUGAGGGACUACAUUCUGGCGAACGCCGAUCGCAUCAAGCUUUAUCUGACGUUCCACAGUUAUGGACCUCUGAUACUUUACCCGUGGGGAUACACCACAGAGCCGCCUGAAGACUGGGAAACACUGGAGGCGCUGGGGAGACUCGCCAACGCCGCGCAGGUAGCAGCCGGAGCUCCCAAUUACACUGUGGGGACUUUCGCGGGCGCCAUGUACCCAGCCGCCGGCACCAGCGUUGACUGGGCGAAAGCGGUGGGGGGUGUGUCGCUGUCGUACACACUGGAGCUUCCAGGGGGCGGCGACGCCGGCUUCGACCCCCCCGCGUCCGACAUCGUUGGCAUCGUGACGCCCUUCUUCGAAGCGGUCCGAGCUUUUGGUCGGUACGUCGCCGACAACUUCGGGAGGAGCAGCCUGAGUGCUUGA